AUGAGUGACAAUGGACCCCAGAACCCACCCCAGCAGGACCAGUUGUCUGGGAGCGGGCGCACUGCCGUGUCCAGACACCCGUACCUCAAGGACUCCAUCGCCUCCAAGCGCGUGUCCUUCUACAAGAGCGGGGACCCCCAGUUCAAUGCCCUCCGGAUGGUCAUCAACAGCCGCACCUUCAGGACAUUCGACGCCCUGCUGGACAGCCUCUCCAAAAAGGUCCCGCUGCCUUUUGGGGUGAGGAACAUUACCACUCCCCGUGGGGUGCACGCCAUUCGGACCCUUGAGGAGCUGGAGGAUGGCAAGUCCUACAUUUGCUCAGACCAGAAGAAGGUGAAGCCCUUUGACCUGGAGAUGGCCAGCAGGAAACUGCCCCCUUGGUACAACGCACGGCCAGUGAGCGCACGCCGCAGGGUGAUACAACUUGCACGCCAGAACAUGAACCGUCCGCUGCGGCGGGAUACUACUGCAGCGGUGCGAACACCUAAGAAACUGACGAUCUUCCGAAAUGGUGACCCCGGGCGCAGACAUACGGUCAUACUACAGAGGAAGACAAUGCCCACAUUUGAAUCCCUGCUGGACUAUGUGUCUGAGCUGCUGCAGUUCCAUGUUAAGAAAUUGCACACCCCGGAUGGCAGGAGGGUUGAUGGCCUUCCAGCUCUGAUUCUGUGUUCUGGGGUGGUUGUGGCUGUAGGUCGUGAGCACUUCAAGCCAGCUAACUAUGACAUUCAGAAACCUUCUUCAAUGACACGGCUGUCUGCCAUCUACAAUCCAAUGAAACCCAACCGGCUCCAGCUGAUGAAUCGUAAGUGUGGAAAGAAGAAAUUCUUAUCUACGAGUUCGAAGUCGAGGAACUUCUCCCCAUCAUCAGAAAGGUACCUGGUAAGCCAGAUCAACAAUUCGAUUGCAGGAAGCUUGUACGACUUUCCUAAGAACCCUGUGGGUUCCCUGGAGACAGGAACCAACAACUUUCUGGGGUCCAUGGAGGCCGAGACAUGUACAGAAAACGCAGGAGAGGACAACACCACCACCAUGCACCCAGACGAUGACAUUGAGAAAUCGUUCCGUAUCAACCAGGAUGGAAGUAUGACAGUAGAGAUGAAAGUGCGCUUGACCAUAAAGGAGGAGGAGAUAGUGCACUGGACCACCACACUGAGCAGAACCAGUGUGGCCAAUCAGCUGAAAGCAGGCUGUGAUCCCGAAACAAGCCCCAGUGCUGAUACACCGGAGUCCAGUGUCAUGCUGUUUAAGGACUCUGACAAAGAGCUAGAGACAAAUGGGUAUGAGUCCAAAAAGGAGAGUGACCUCUCACAGAAAGAAAACUGGGAUCCUUAUGCCGAAGAAACAUAUGAUGCAUAUUGCACAGAUGUGGGCCAACUGUGUUUGAAAAGGGUAAAAACUCCAGGUGUCAGAAGUGUCCACAGGAGGCAAGCUUCAGUGGAGAGUGUCAAAAACAUCUCAGAAACAGAAGUUGGGGAAGGUAUAGUUGGCACAUAUGCCUAUGUGGAAGAGAAUAGAAAUGGUGAAGUAACAGAAGAGUACUGCAUGGUUAGGCAGCAUUCCAGCAGACCCAUUCCCAAACCUAGGAAAUUUGGUUCCGUGGAGGUAAACAACAAUGGCACACAACCUGGUUUCAAGUCUUCCAGCAUAGCAGAGGUGCUUCAAAUAAAAGACAAUGGCGAGGAAAUCUCAGAAACCAUGUUAUACAUAUCUGAGGAGCAGAGCUAUGAUGAGAAUUUCUUUGCCAACACGCAGUUCAGGGUUCGGAGUCGGUCUAUGUAUGGCACCCUAUAUGGUCAGCAGUCAUCCUCUGACACUAUUUGUGGUUUCUCAAGCGAUGAAAGUGAGAUGCUUCGAGCUUUUCUGUUUAUAAUGAAUGCAAGAGAGGACAUUUAUAACCUAAACAAAGGUGACACAAUCACAAAAAAUGCAAGCUGUACUGAAGCUUUGAAAAUGAUGGAGGCUUUGAAAAAAAUUGCCAGUAUUGAAGAUGCAAAUGAGCUGAAAGCUAAUCUGACUGAGUUGCAAAGCUAUGAAUCUAGUGGCAGCUUAAAGAAAGACCAUGAAGGUGCUAGGAUCAAGAUGAUAAAGGAAAUGUUUUUGGCAAAGAGCAAUUUCGACCAGUAUGGUCAUAGACAACUGCCUAGUCCCAACUCAUCAGACCAGUCUGACAACCGACCAGAAACAUCUGACAGUGGAGGCUGCAAGUCCCAGAUGUCCAUGGAUAUGUCCACAGAAAGUGGAGAAGAUGAUCCUGGUCGACAGUCUAUUGUCAAGGGCUACGUGAGAAGGACGAUUGAAAAACUCUACGGGAAGUCUGAUGCAAGUGAUAAAGAAAACACAAGCAAGAGAACGCUCUCGCCACUGAAAGGCCGACAUAAAGACAGUCCAGGAAAUAACAGUGUGAGCAGCCUUAUCUCAGGCUUCCAAGAAACAAAGACUAAAGUUUUGACAGAUCUAUCUUACUUCAAUGCUACAAGUGCAUGUGAUGUGUCUAAUGAGGACCCGCAAUCCAUUGCUCUAAAUGCACCUGCAGAUUUAAGUUCUGAAGUUCAAUUUGACAAAGGAUGCUGGCUACUCAAAGACAAUCAGCUUGAGCCAAAGCCAAGUGGACUACCUAGGGUUAUAGACAUAAAGACAAAAGAUAACAGAAAGGAGAUUGUAAGUGAUGACGUUCCUUACUCCCAUUUCGGAAGCCACCAUUGUCCCUUGGAGGUCAUAUCGUCUUCAGACUUGGAGGAUCUCACAAGACCAUCGGUGCCAAAGUGCACCUACCUCAACCUGCCAAAUGGCUGUGACUCUGACCCCUUCCAGGAUGACCUAAGCAACAAAAGGAAGGAUGAUACAAUAAAGGAUCCCAAGCCUCCACCAGCCACUGAGGUGCCCAAAUCAUGUGGGGAGCGAAAUGGCAUUUUACCAUUGGCACCAAUGGACUUCAAGAUGCCAGACAACAAAGUGCAUCCCAUAGAAGGGCCAUCAACGGCACAAGCCAUCACCACACAGCCUUCUCGGGCACCAGGCAGCAUCCCCAGGCCUGUGUAUGAGCAGGACUCUUUGGAAAUGCUGCACCUUAUAUGUGGUGAGCACUGCCCUAUACUCUAG